UAGACGACCUUGUGCUACAUCAUGUGUAGGCCAGGACUCAGGAGAUUCUGCUUAUAAUUGGUUCAAUUGCUUCCAAAUUUUUCCAAUCAUGCAACGUUUGUCAAGCUAAUUAUGAUUUCAGUUUUUCCUCACCGUUGAUGUCACACCCACGUAGGCUUCACUGCACAAUAGUUGCAUCAAAAGUGUCAUGUAAUCACAUAUCCUUGAAAGAAAACUCGCCGAGCAACUUUCUCUUUGGAACUGCAUCCUCUUCUUAUCAGUUUGAAGGAGCUUUUCUGAAUGAUGGUAAAGGUCUCAACAACUGGGAUAUCUUCACUCACAAGCCUGGUACUAUCCUGGAUGGAACUAAUGGAGACAUUGCUGUUGAUCAGUACCAUCUUUAUCAGGAAGACUUGGAUCUCAUGAAUAACAUUAGAGUCAACAGCUACCGUUUUUCUAUAUCAUGGGCAAGAAUUUUACCCAAAGGAAGAUUUGGAAAAGUGAACAGAGCUGGCAUUGAUCACUAUAACAAGUUCAUCGAUGCUCUUCUGCUUAGAGGAAUCCAGCCCUUUGUGACAUUGACUCACUACGACAUACCUCAGGAACUUGAAGACAGAUAUGGAUCUUGGCUAAGUCCCCUACUGCAGGACGAUUUUAGAUAUUAUGCAAAUAUAUGUUUCAAAUUCUUUGGAGACAGGGUCAAGUACUGGUCCACUUUCAAUGAGCCCAAUGUUGUGGUCAUUCGUGGAUAUAGGUCAGGGAUUUACCCACCAUCUCAUUGCUCUCUCCCUUUCGGAAAUUGUACUACUGGAGACUCAGAAAGAGAGCCUUUCAUUGCAGCUCAUAACAUCAUUCUAUCCCAUGCAGCUGCUGUGAAUAUAUACAGAACCAAAUAUCAGAAAAAACAAGGAGGUAGCAUUGGGAUGGUGAUGAAUGCUGUAUGGUAUGAACCCAUCAGCAACUCCUUAGAAGACAGAUUAGCAGCUGAGAGGGCUCAGUCUUUCUAUAUCAACUGGUUCUUAGACCCAAUUCUCCAUGGAAGAUACCCUGCAGAAAUGCAUGAGCUUCUAGGAGCUGAUUUGCCUGUAUUUUCCAAAUUUGAUCUGGAGAUGCUGAAGAAUGGAUUAGACUUCAUCGGUAUCAAUCACUACACCAGUUUUUACUCAAAAGACUGUAUGUUUUCUCCAUGUGAACCAGGACCAGGAGCUUCAAGGACAGAGGGUUAUGCUUUGAGAACUGCACAAAAAGAUGGAGUCUACAUUGGAGAACCAACUUCAGUUGAUUGGAUAUAUGUGUAUCCUCAAGGAAUGGAGAAGAUGGUAACAUACAUAAAAGAGAGGUACAAUAAUACACCAAUGUUUAUUACAGAAAAUGGGUAUGGUGUGGAGGAGAAUCCAAAUUCCACAAAUGAAGAACAGUUCCAUGAUGUCAAGAGAGUGGAGUACUUGAGAAGUUACUUACAGGCACUAGCAGAUACAAUGAGAACUGAAGGAGCAGAUGUAAGAGGGUACUUCGUGUGGUCAUUGCUUGAUAAUUUCGAGUGGACAAGUGGAUAUACGGUCAAGUUUGGACUUCACCAUGUUGAUUAUGGCACUCUCAAGAGAACUCCAAGACUCUCUGCAGCUUGGUACAGACAAUUUAUUGCUAAUAACACCCUGCAGAUUUUAAGUGCCCAGGAAUGAUCAAGAAGGCAAAUGAACAUGGCUCUGAAGCUAGAUCAGUUAUUUAUAUCGUAUUAAGAGGAUCAAUGCGAUAUUGCGAUUACAGGAUUACUAAAACAUUGUAUAUAUUAAGAAACAGAACAUCAAAGAAUGUGAUUCCUACAGUACGUAGGUGGUUUAUCACUUUAUCAUAAUGGGAUUAUUUAAUGAACUAAAAUAGGAGGAUGUGGAACAAUACCAGUUUACAUAUAGUCCAAUCACAUAGUGUCUUCUUGUAAUUCUAAGUCGUACAAAUGAUACAGAUAUGCACCCCUGGC